UUCUUUCUUUUUUUUCUUUUCUUCUUUAUUUAUAUAUGCCUGCAGAAACAAUGGAGGAAACUACCAAACAGACGGCAGAGAGACAGUUGGGAACGACGACAUUUCCUUUAGCAAGAAUAAAACGUCUUAUCAAAGAAGAUAAAGAUAUUUCACUCAUCAGCACCGAUGCCACUUUUUGUAUUACUUAUGCUGCUGAAUUGUUUAUAGAAUAUCUUGUUUCUGAAGCACUUGAUAAAGCUAAACAAGAAAAAAGAAAGAGUGUGUUUUAUAAAGAUUUGGCCAAGGUCGUAAAGGAUGUCGAGCCAUUUGAAUUCUUGGAAGAUGUCAUUCCAACCACAAUGACUUUGAAAGCAGCCAUAGAAAAGAGGAAACAGGUGUUGAAUGAAGAUACACCUGCAAAGAAACAAAAGACAGAUCCAAUUCAAGAAGAAGAAGACGAAGAAGAAGACGAAGAAGAAAAUAAGAUGGAAGAAGAUAUAGCGAUGGAAGAUAAUGCAGAGCAGAAAGAAUUGAAAAAUUAAUGUAGAAAAGAUCAAUGAUGUGGUAAUAGGCUUUCAGUAAUAUAAUAACAAUAAUAAUAAUA